GAAGUACUGAAAUCAUAAAUGAUUUGGUGACAAGCUGAGCUUGCAAUGCAGGCAAUAAAAACAGUGGAAAAAGAAGUGACUUUUAUAAAGGAAACACUUUUCACAGAAUCCUUCCUAAAGCAACAAGAGUGCAGCAGAAACCCGGCGAGCAGGCAGCUCCAAGAGCAGCAGCCAUUGGAAGGAGCUGUCUGCAGCUCUCAGUGCUGUACUGAGCAUGUCCCAGCGGAGCCCAGUGCAAGCAGCACAUUAUGCAAAAAGGCAGCUCCAGCAGAUGGGAGAGAGGCACAGCAAGCAUUUGCCUCACUUGCAUCACCGCCGCCUGCAAACAAACCUGGAUCGCUAGAGGGGAUCUCUCCAGCAGGCCAAAGGAAUGAAACCCGCAAGGAUGGCUUGAUUGCCAAAGGCGUUGUACGGCAAAAAAUCAUGGGGAAUCAAGAUGGGAAGCUAAAGAAAAAUGCAGGUGAUGUGCAAGAAGGAGGAGAGGAUGCCUCUGGGCCCAAGGAUACGGACGGCACAAAGAAGGUAUCGGGAGGCAGAAGGGGACUGGGGAAGCAUGCAAAGGGAAGCGAAUCGGGGAAGAAGAAGGGUAAGUCGGACUCCAGGCCCUCUGUGUUUUCAAAUCUGAGGAUUAGAAAAAAUCUGUCCAAGGCUAAAGAUGGGAAUAGCAGUUCACGGGAGGAUGUUUUGGAAAGCCAGGCCUUGCAGCCUGGGGAGCUGGACAGUACUCAUUCAAUUGUGACCAAAACUCCCGAUAUAAGCAUCUCUGCAGAUGAAGGGGGUCUCUCAGACACAGAUGUUGAACAUUUUGAAAUCAGAAAUGAAACUGUUCCAGCUGCUGCAGAGACACAGGAUGGACAAAGGACCAGCUCUGGCUCUGAUACGGAUAUAUACAGUUUCCAUUCAGCCGCAGAACAAGAGGAUUUGCUUUCUGAUAUCCAGCAAGCUAUUAGACUGCAGCAGCAGCAGCAGCAGGGGGCAAUUAACAUUGGAACUGAGGACUCUGUCACCAAAACAAUGGGCCGACACAUGGCUAAUUCUCAAGCAACCCCCUUAGAUUUUGAACGGUUUUUUUCAGUAACUACCACUGACAAAGAGAGGAGCCCAGACACUGAGGGGGCUUUUCCAGCGGCAUCGGAAAUUGUGGAAAGCGUUCCUGUCUCCUGUGCAGCUGAACGUGAACUGAAGGAAGUGGUGAAUGGCACAGGCUCUCCUGGUAACAGCUUAUUUGAAACACAGGAACGUCAGCUGCUGACUGAGGAGCAGCCCGUUGCUGGAGUGGAUGCUGUAGCCAGCGACCUACAAGAUGGUUUGGAUAGAACUGCAGUAGAAAAUGGGGCUCAGACACACAGCUCCACAGAACCUUUUCCAUCUCCAGUGGCAGAGGCUGAGGCUAAAAUUGCUGAAGUGCAGCCUCUUGAUUUUCAGGGCUCGGUAACAGAGAGUGGUAUUUCAGAUGCAGGCCGUGAUCAUGCUGCUGAGACUCAGGAAGGGAAACACGCUCUGUCAGCCAGUCAAGAGGAGCUGCAUAAUGGUUUAUCCAAGGAAAUGAAAAAUGGCAGUUGGUCCUCUGAAGGAACAGCGGACAGUCCUAUGCUUGGUUCCCGAUGUUUUAAGCCCUAUCUGAUUAAUCCCUGUUACAUCAAAACCACAACUAGGCAACUGAGUUCUCCCAACCAUUCACCUUCUCCCUCCCCAUCCCAGAGCCCGCUUUUCACAAGGAGGCAGGAGUCCUUCCACAAAAAGGAAAAAGUCUCAGUCAGGAAGAAGAGGUCUGCUAGUUUGGCAGGUUUGUUCAGUCGCUCUGCAGACUGGACAGAAGAGGUGUCUAGUCACAAAAGCGAGAUAACAGAGAAGGUGAGCUCUGCAGACUAUUUGGAGCACAAGGGGUUUAGAGAGAAAAUUCAAACGGAAAGAGUGCCUUUGACUCAUUCAAGAAAGUCCUCAGGGGUCCAGGCUUCUACAGAGACAUUUCCCAAUGUCUUUUCAGGACGAACUCUGCUGGAAAAGCUCUUCAGCCAGCAGGAAAAUGCACCACAAGAAGAAGCAGAAAAGCUCUGUUCUCGCAUUAUUGCGAUGGGUCUUUUGCUUCCAUUCACUGACUGCUUCAGAGAGCCCUGUAACCAGAGUGCCAAGCAAAGCACACCCACGUUUGAUCAAGACCAGCUUUAUACUUGGGCUGCAGUUAGCCAACCCACACAUUCAACAGAUUACAUUGAAGGAAGCUUUCCAAGGAGAAUUCCAUCUGCGUGGCCUCCACCCAAACCUCCAGAUGAAGAACAAAGGUGCAAAAUUUCAGGAGAAGAACCUGGAGAGUUGAAAUCUACAGUCCUAGAAACAGAGAAGCAAUGCAUAGGUGGUGUUCAGCAGGCACAGGAUGCUUUUGAGGUGAAAUCUGAGGAGCGUGCCAGUGUCAUCCAACAACUUGAGCAAACUAUUGAGGAUCUGAGGACAAAAAUUGCAGAACUUGAGAAACAAUUUCCUGCUGCAGAGGUACAGACUGCUGGGAGGGAGCAGGAAAAUGAGCAGGCACACGCAGACUCUGGGGAACUCAGCAGUGUGACUCUUCAAAGGAAUGAAGAGGAGACCACACCCAGGACUGUGUCACAGGCGAGAUCUGUACAAACGUCACCAACAGAGGAUUAUUUAACACAUACAAUGCCUUCAGCCAGUGCACUGCCACAGCCACCCCCACCACCACACUUAGAAGGGGGCAAAAGUGAAGGGCCUACUCAGAACUUGCCAGCUCUAGAACUACAGCCCACAUUUUGUUCUGAAAUCUCCUUAAUUCUGUCGCCGAAGCUAAUCUCAGUGCCAUUGGAUGCAAGCCAAUCAGUACAGAGUAUACCGCAGUCACCUCUUCCAGGACCUAAAGCUGAUUUGUCCCUUGCAUUUGAAGGAGAGGCUGAAAUGACAGUUUCCCACCAGCCUCUAAGUACUGUAGAUAUAACUUGUAGUGAACAUCCCCCUUCCUUGCCCCCAGAGCCCACAUGUAGCAUUCCCCCACCACUGCCAGCGACUGAACAGGCUGCCCCCCUUCCUGGAGCACAAGGCCAUUCCUUUGUUACUCCCAUGUCUGCGGCAGGACUACCACUGCCACCACCUCUACCUGGCUCAGGACUCCCUUCUUCUGCUGUCUCAGCAGUGACAGACCUGGACUACUCUUUCCCAGGUGCCACAAUGUCACCUCUCCCUCCUCCUCCACAUUUGCCAAGUGGGGCGAUACCAACGCUGCCUCCAGCUCCUCUCCUUCCAUGCCCUGGAUUCCCUCCACCACCUCCACCACCACCUUUGCCUGGAGCAGGAGCCCCAUCUCCUCUGCCUGGUUGGGGUAUCCCACCUCCCCCUCCACCACCACCACCUUUACCUGGAGCUGGUGUCCCUCCUCCACCUCCUCCUCUGCCCGGCCUGGGAUUGCCACCCCCAGCACCACCGCUUCCUGGAGCAGGACUGCCACCACCUCCCCCACCUCUGCCUGGAGGGGGCAUUCCACCACCUCCUCCUCCACCACCACCUCUGCCUGGUGCAGCUGUACCUCCUCCUCCACCUCUUCCAGGAUCAGCUGUACCCCCUCCUCCACCUCUGCCUGGUGGAGCUGUGCCCCCUCCACCUCCUCCACCACCUCUGCCUGGUGGAGCUGUGCCCCCUCCACCUCCUCCACCACCUCUGCCUGGUGGAGCUGUCUCCCACCUCUGGCCCCCUCCACCACCUUUACCUGGAGCUGGUGUCCCUCCUCCACCUCCUCCUCUGCCCGGCCUGGGGAUGCCUCCUCCGGCCCCACCACCUUUACCUGGAAGUGCACCACCCCUUCCAGCAGCAGUCCAGGGCAGCAGCUACCCAGCAGUCCCACAGGGCUGUGGUUUUCUUCCUCCUCCAUUACCAUCUGGUUUAUUUGCAAUGGGGAUGAAUCAGGAGAAAGGGAGCAGGAAACAUGUAAUAGAGCCUUCUCGGCCAAUGAAGCCUCUUUACUGGACAAGAAUUCAGCUCCACAGCAAAAGAGAUUCUAGUGCUUCACUUGUGUGGGAAAAAAUUGAAGAGCCUUCCAUAGAUUAUCAUGAGUUUGAAGAACUGUUUUCUAAAACAGCUGUUAAAGAGAGGAAGAAACCCAUUUCGGACACCAUUACAAAAACAAAGACUAAACAAGUUGUCAAGUUGUUAAGCAACAAAAGAUCUCAAGCUGUUGGAAUAUUAAUGUCUAGCCUUCAUUUAGACAUGAAGGACAUUCAGCAUGCUGUUGUGAACUUGGAUAACUCUGUGGUUGACCUAGAGACGCUGCAAGCCCUGUAUGAGAAUAGAGCACAAUCAGAUGAACUAGAAAAAAUAGAAAAGCAUAGCAAGGCAUCCAAGGAAAAAGAAAAUGCCAAGUCUUUGGAUAAGCCAGAACAGUUCCUCUAUGAACUCUCACUGAUUCCCAACUUUUCAGAACGUGUGUUUUGCAUCCUGUUCCAAUCAACAUUUUCAGAAAGCAUUGGUUCAAUCCGUCGCAAACUUGAAUUGUUACAGAAACUGUGCGAGACAUUGAAGAAUGAAUCAGGAGUUAUGCGGGUUCUGGGUUUGGUUCUUGCCUUUGGAAAUUACAUGAAUGGUGGAAACAGGACACGAGGACAGGCUGAUGGGUUUGGACUAGAUAUUCUGCCAAAACUGAAAGAUGUCAAGAGCAGUGACAACAGCAGAAGUCUUCUAUCGUACAUUGUCUCAUAUUAUUUGCGUAAUUUUGAUGAGGAUGCUGGAAGAGAACAAUGCAUCUUUCCUCUUCCGGAUCCACAAGAUCUCUUCCAGGCUUCACAACUGAAGUUUGAUGAUUUUCAAAAAGAUCUCCGCAAAAUGAAGAAAGAUUUGCGAGCAUGUGAGACAGAAGCAGCAAAAGUUUAUCAGCUAUCACUAGAAGAGCACCUACAGCCCUUCAAAGACAACAUGGAGCAAUUCAUUAGUCAAGCCAAAAUAGACCAAGAAAAUGAAGAGAAGUCACUGACAGAAGCACAUAAAAGCUUUUUGGAAACUACAGCCUAUUUCUGUAUGAAACCAAAAAUGGGCGAGAAGGAGGUGUCCCCACAUUCUUUCUUCAGUAUUUGGCAUGAAUUCAGUUCUGACUUCAAAGACUUCUGGAAGAAGGAAAACAAACUUAUUCUUCAAGAAAGAGUCAAAGAAGCAGAGGAAGUCUGCAGGCAGAAAAAGGGGAAGUCGCUGUACAAUAUUAGACCAAAACAUGACUCUGGAAUUAAAGCAAAAAUAAGUAUGAAAAUCUGAGAGAAGAAAUUCAAAAGCCAUUGUUACCUGGUUACCAAAUUUCAACAUGCCUGUGGGUGGGGAGUGAGAGGGAAGGAAACUACAUCAUCCUGAUCAUUUGCUUCGUUGACCUUUUAAAAUUUGCGUUUUGUUCUCUAGAGUUUUCCACCAACUGAUGUGUUAUUGUGCAUUCAUUCACAACUGUAAUCACUUUAUUGGAGUGCCCAAAAAUAGACUAGGUAUGGACUUGAAACACCUUCCCUGUACUCUGUAUCUCCUUUGCCACUCAAAAAUGGUAUUUUGUAAAGUGUAUGGUAUAUUACAAAUAGGACAAGUCAGCAUGCAUAAAAAGUGGUAUCUGCAUCAGUUCUGAACAUGCUGAAAAUUGCAUUAAGUUGAACUUCAUAAGAAUGCUACUUGGUACAGUAAAACAUUUCCAUUCCUACUGGCAACAUCUGACAAAUACUUCAUGGCACUGCACUUAGUUUAGGGAAAAAAUGUUACUCCUAGUGAAUUGUUUGUAUCCGUUUCAUGUUGGCAUUUGUAGUUUGUAUUUUGAAUUGUUAAGUGCUGUUUAUACAGUAUAAUCAAUGCUUUCCCAACUUGUUUGGUUGCCCUCCAUGACUAAAUAUUUGUGGAACAAGAUGUUUACUGUAACUAUGUUUAAAAUCGAUAAGGCAGCAUACUUUUACUUCAUCUUCUGCCAGAUAGUGAAUGCCAGGUGGUAUGGGGUCAGAAAUCCAGCAUUAAAAAAAAAAAAAGAAAAAGAAAAAAAAAAGCAGAAAAAUACAGAAAAGCAGAAAAGCACAGAAGUAUGAUAGAGAGUAUGAGAGAUUUGGUUAUUAUAGUUUGUUAAUAUAUAAAGCAGCUAAUACUUUUACAUGAACUUUAGAAGGUAUAGUAUAGUUUUAACUGCUCAUCACUUAAGUAAGACAGGCUUUUGGCCACAUGUACAUGACUUCCCUUCUGGAAUUAGCUUUACAGUUAAUUUAAAACUCCUUUAGAGAGCUAUUAAAAGAUGCACAUGGAGACAACAUUUAUGGAAAACAGUAGCCAAUUCUAGUGACAGAACAUAGACUACCAACUAAUUGACAUCAAUUUCACACUUAACAGAAUUAAAGACAUCUCCUCCAGGCUUUCAGUGUCCUUGAAUAAAAGGUUAAUGAUUGAAAUAUAUUACUUAGGGCUUCCAUUUUAGACCACAUGCUUACUUCCUUUUUGCAAUCCAGAAUUUGCUGUAUCAGUUUUGGACUGCUCAACUGAUAACAACCUCUUUCUCCAGUCCUUGUUUAUGAGUCCCAAACCAAUCAGUUUGAUUGACAACACUUUUCUUUCUAAGCUAAUUUUUCCUGAAAGCAGACCAUGUGCGCAACUCAGUUGGAUGCACGUGCUCACAGCUUUGGAGCCUGAAAGACACUGGGGUAAGGCAAAUGAGCUCUAACCUGCUGGGUUGCAUCAUUCCCUGUCUAAUCUAGCACAUCAAGAGACAUUCCGAGCUAUUCAGAGGCUAAUAUACUCUGUAGAGUGUCAUGAAAGGAAGUGCAAAAUAUGACCUCAGGAAUCUGUUAUUCUUCACAUAUACCAAGCACUAGAAAAGAUGGUUUUUUUCACUGUGUGAAAAGCAAGUCUCCUGUUGCUGAUAAACCUAUGUGAAAAUCUGUACUAGCAGUAAUUUCUGGCAGGGAUAUAAAUUACCAAGAAUGGAAUUCUAAAAUUUUGUGUUGAUGGGAGUAACAUUACUAUUUGGGGAAGAGAAAACAAGAGAUUAUUUGCUGUUACGACUAACUUAUGGAAAAAAAUCUUUAAAGAGUAAAGCUAUUUUAAUGGCACUGAUUCAAAUCCAUGUUUGUAUUUAUGUAAACAAUAGUCUUCUCCUCCUAACUUUGCUCCUAAGUGCAAGGAUACAGUAGCAUGUUUUCAUUUGUAGCCUUCCUGUUCUCUUCAGUACCUACAGUAUGUAUAUUACUAUACUAAAUGAAAUAAUAGAUCAUCUAACAAAGAUCACUAUGUGCAAUACUGUAUUUAGUGUUUCUAUUCCAAUUUUUUUAGAAUGUUAAUUUAUAAGAAAAUAAAAGGAAUAAUACUUAAAUAACUGCCUUCUCUUGUCACUCUCUGGGUAUGCUGUAGUGUGCUACAAACUGUU